UUUCUGACAACAUCUGUCUGAUCUCAAAAGUCAAUAUAGCACUGCUAAUGAAGGCGUCAUGAGCCAGUUUUUGCAGAGUUUGCACUAUAUGAGAUCAGCAUCACGUGGUGAUAGCCGAGUGGGGCAUCCCAACAGCUUCAAUAAGAUCAUUCCUCAACAUUCAAUUGAAGAAGAAACUUCUUUAAAACAAGACGAAAAUUUCUUCUCUAAUCGCCGAAGACACAGCACUGCACAAUGGUAUCCGAAAACGACACAAACCGCAACCAAAUACCUCCGAACAACAAUAUCUCCCCUCGGAGUACUCGGCAAUGGCCGGAUGACGAUAACCCCUUCGUUGCAUUCCGCCGCUACGCAGAUGAGCAGAUCUCCUCCAUGCUGCAAUCCGUCAUGGGCCUUCCAUCAAUGGCCACUCCACCCAUACGAAACCGAUGGAGUAUCUUUGCAGAUGACUCUUAUGAUAAUGCGCGCGCGAAACGACCCGGGGAGAACAGUAACUCGGAAGAUGGUGCAUUGUCCAGACAAGACAAUUCUCUUGAUGCGUACCGCUACUGUAACCGCUGGUGGGAUGGAUUCGUCGGGUUCCCGGGCUUCUGGCGGUCUGAUUUUGAUGAUGUUUUCCCGUUUGGAUCCCGGUUCAUGCUUCCAUUCUUUUCAACCUUUGAUGAAGGGUUCGAUGAUACUGCUUCUUGGCCCGGGGCCUACUUGCUAUUUAGCCCGUACUCACCGUUGAAUCUGGAGGGGUCUUCUCUGGGAGGACAGCGUGAGGGCGGCGUUUUCUCUUCACUCGUGUUGUCGUUGAGGCCUGACGGCAGCGGGGGUGUUGUGGAAAAUAACGCCGAACCCCGCUGGCACGAGGCGUUCGAGGACCUCGUGCGAUUGGAGAAUAAACAGCAGAUGCUGGAACGAGGAUCUGGUAUUGAUGCAGUGAGCAAGAAGGAGACUGGAAUGGACUGGUUGAAAGGAAUGAUUCAACGGGGUAGUCUGGGUGACGGAUGGAAGUGGCAGCAGGCAGACGAUAACCCUAACAAUGGAUAUGCUAUGCUCGAGCGAGGCCAGCUCCCUCAUUCGUCCAAGCGAGCUGCUGAGACCGAGAAUGUCAAGAAAGAUAAUAUGGACCUGACUGAGCAGGAUUUGUAUGAGCAUUUCCUGAAAGGCCUUGAGAGACGUGAGCGCGAGUUCUCCAGAAUUUUUGAUGAAAGUCGUACCUUGCGCUUCCUUUUGGGGGACCCUCGACGCAAAAAUGAGCUUCUUGAACGUCAGCGCAGACUCCCAGAAGAGGCUGACAACGGGACCGGGUUCGAUGCCGUGACUGCUGAAACUAACAGGACCCCUGCACUGGAGAGCUCUCAGCCCAUUUCGAUAGACCAAGCCAAAACUGAACCCCUUGUGGUCUCCACGCAUGCAAACAUAAGACGAAACCGCAUGGCCGACGGAUCCAUCCACACAAAGACCGUCAGGACGCAACGUUUCUCAGACGGACACGAAGAGACCAACGAGUCCGUUGACGUUGCUAACUCGCCCGAGCAACGCUUCACCGUUGACCAGGGCGGUGAAAAUAGCUCUAACGAGGGCUGGUUCUGGCGGUGAUUUAAUAAUAUGUGCCGUAUUUGAUUCGAUUUAAUGCUUCUUGAGCGUGGGGGUUUUGGUUGGGGGCGUUUUUAAUUACACAACAAUAUAUGCGGUUGACGACGUAGACUCGAAGAAAAUGAAUAAAUCUUAAUGAAUUUACCUGAGCUGCUUUUACU